AAAUUAAAAUCAGUGUACCGAACCUAACUGAAAUGCCACGUUCGAGUGGAACCCUGUCGCAGACAUCUGCGGCGAGAGGCGGACCCGGUCCUUGUAACCGCGCCGGACCAAGCCAGUCCCAACCGGCUCGUCCGACCGGAGCAAGCCAAAAGCCGCCACAAGAGAAUGGAUCCUCGUCUUCGGUCGAUGUCGAGCUGGACCACAUGGUGAUCAAUCUGGUGAAAACGGUUCUGAACCUGUCGGUCAACAAGCACCUGAUCAAGAAAGCGGAUUUGGUGAAGAAUGCCCUCGGAGGAAACGGUCGGCUGUUCGCCAAGGUCAUCGAGCAAGCCAAGGAGGAGCUGGCGGAUGUCUUCGGAUACAAGCUGGUGGAAACUGAGCGAAACAAGAGUUUCAUUUUGGUGUCGACCGUUACUUGCGGAUCCGUCAUGGAUAUGAGUGAGGAUUACCGACGAAAGUACACACUGCUCUAUCUGGUUCUGGGUUACAUCUACAUGAAGAACGGUGACGUGUCCGAGCAGGGCCUGUGGGACUUUUUGGCCAAGCUGAACAUCUCCGACGAAGGGGAGCACUCGUUCUUUGGGGAUGUUCGCAAGCUGAUCACGGAAACGUUCGUCAAGCAAGCCUAUCUGGUCCGGACCAAGCAGGUGGUCGAGGGGAUGAAUGACGAUCGGUUCUUCUACGGAUGGGGAGCUCGAGCCGAGCACGAAUUGAGCAAGAAGGACAUUCUGGAGUCGAUCUGUAAGCUGAUGGGGAAGCCGUCGAUUUGCUACAUCACGCAGCACGCGGCUGCUUAUGGGCUGAACGACGACGAUGAGGGUGACGAUUCCAUGGAUGUCACACAGAACUGAGUUAAAUUUGUAGAAAUCUAAGUACCUGCUAAAUGUUUUAAAU